ACUCAGGGCCAGGCUUACGUCUUGGACACGUGGAAUCUCCCGAUUGCUCCACAAGAUCGCACGUACCAACCCCUGAUAGCAGCUAUUCUCACGUGCCAUGCCCAUAUAUAAGCGGCUAGUAACGGAAUCAAUGAUAAGCAAAGCAAGAGAGAGGAGAGCUUCUUCAGAAACUCCGAAUUUUCAGGGUUCCGACAAAGAUCACUGAUCGAGUGUUGUCAUGCCGUACCUUGUCCGGGAGAAUCUAUUCAUCGGUAACAUUAGUGACGCAGCGGAGAUUCUCCAGAACGGUAGCGCCGAGAUCACGCAUAUCUUAUCGGUUCUCAGUUCCGCCUCGAUUUCUUUUUUCUCUGAAUGGCGCGCCGGACUUUCUAUCCCUACCAAAGAAAUUCGCACAGUCUUCGUUGGUGGGUCUGGUAGUAGUUCAGAAUCCGAGGAUAAACCGGUCAAUGGUUCAAAGAGUUGUUUAUCGCCAGAGAAAAUUCUCUAUUCACUGGAAUAUGCGGGCAAGGAUCUGAAGCUGGUGAGGAUGGCGGUCUCAUUGAGGGAUAUGGAGAGUGAGGAUUUGUUGGAUUAUUUGGAUGUGUGUUUGGAUUUCAUUGACAAGAGUAGGAAAGAGGGUUCGGUUUUGGUACAUUGCUUUGCUGGGGUAUCAAGAAGUGCAUCUAUCAUUACAGCAUACCUGAUGAGAACUGAGCGUCUAUCUCAAGAAGAUGCACUUGAGUCCUUACGGCAGAGCUGUGAGUUUGUUUGCCCUAAUGAUGGUUUUCUGGAACAGUUAAAAAUGUAUGAAGAUAUGGGUUUCAAGGUCGAUCAUGCUAACCCCAUAUACAAGCGCUUUCGCCUAAAAGUAUUAGGUGAACUUUAUAAUCGUGGAGAGAAAAUAGACAGCUCUAAAUUUGGGGCAGAUCCUGGCAUCUCAACAGAACCCAUUUCUUCUAAAGUAGAGGCAUCUCCAAAUGGAGUAAUUAAUUCAACUGCUGCAUACCGCUGCAAAAAAUGCCGAAGAGUUGUUGCAUUGCAAGAGAAUGUUGUGGAUCAUGUUCCAGGUGAGGGUGAGACUUCCUUUCAGGGGUCCAAGCGGAGAAGUGGCAACCCUUUUGACAAGUCAAGUGAGUUUGAGUGCUCUUCCAUCUUUGUUGAGCCUUUACGGUGGAUGACAACAGUUGAAGAAGGUGCGUUGGAGGGCAAGCUGACAUGUGCUCACUGCGAAGCCCGUUUGGGUUAUUUUAAUUGGUCAGGGAUCCGGUGCAGUUGCGGGACUUGGGUCACCCCUGCCUUUCAGAUCCAUAAAAGCCGAGUUGAUAUCAGCACUGUCUAAUAUUUUUCUUUUGGCAAAAGGGAUAGGCUAAUGCUUAGCUUUCCCCCUUUUUUACUGACAAAAAAGACGGUCAUGUGAGGAGCUGCAGCUGGAGGUAGGGGCAUGGCCUUGUGCUAGUGAUUUAUGGUAUGACGUGGCUUUUACGAUAUGCUUCAGUGCUUAAAAUGGAUAGCCGUAAUGGAGGUUCAAGAUACGCAUGUCAAAAUGCUUUUUGGUACAAAUAUGUAUUUAUGAGACAUUCAAGCCUAUUAUUAUUGCCAUUGUGGAGGUCGGCCUCAUCAAAUUUUCAUUUGCCUUUGACUCUUGUUACAGAUUGUCAAUUGAUGGUUUUGGUGUUUUCAGUUCUUGGUUCAUAAACUUCAA